CUCUUGCCAAGACCAACCAUUUCCCUACCAACCUUGAUCAAUGGGCUCUGUAAGACCGGACACACAUCAGCUGCUAUUCAAGUGUUGAGAAACAUCCCACGGUAUGGCAUUGCUCCUGAUGUCUUCAUGUACAACGCAAUUAUUGAUAGCUUGUGCAAGGUUACGCUUGUAAGUGAUGCUUUUUAUUUAUACUCUGAAAUGCUUGCUAAGGGAAUCUCUCCCGAUGUUAUCACGUACAACACUCUAACUUAUGGAUUGUGCCUUGCGGGCCAACUUAAGGAAGCCAUUGAUUUACUAAAUCAUAUGAUUCUCAUCAACAUUACUCCAGAUGUUCAUACCUAUAGUACUUUGAUGGAUGGGCUAUGCAAGGAAGGAAAGAUCAAAGAUGCUAAGAAUGUGUUGGCUAUGAUGAUUAAAGAUGGUGUGAAACCAGAUGUGGUUACUUAUAAUUGUUUAAUGGAUGGGUAUUGCUUAGUUAAUGAGGUAAAUAAGGCAAAAUUUGUAUUCAACACAAUGGCCCAAAGUAGAGUGUCACUUGAUGUUCAAAGUUACAAUAUCAUGAUUAAUGGCUUGUGCAAGAGUAAAAUGGUCGAUGAAGCCUUGAAUCUCUUUGAAGAAAUGCGUUGUAAAUACUUGGUUCCAAACACGGUAACAUACAACACUCUUAUUGAUGGCUUGAGCAAAUCGAAGAGAAUCUCUUGUGCUUUGGGGAUUCUUGUCGAGAUGCAUGAUAGAGGUCAACCUGCUACUGUAGUCACUUACAGUUCCUUGUUGGAGGUUCUUUUCAAGAGUAAGAAAUCGCGUACAUACCGGAUAAAAAUUGAGAAAACUAUUUCCGCAGAGAUAGCAACGUCUAGUCGUCUAUGUCUUGGAGCAGAGAGCAGAGAGCAGAGAGCAGAGAGCUCUCCCUCAAACUUAACAGCGAAAGUGCGAAUCACUAAAAUGUUGUCAUCCUCAACCUCAAGGAUCACUUUCAUUUUUAGGUAUUCUCUUCUCAAAAUCCCUAAUUUUGUUUCCUUCCCUUCCUCUUCAUCCCUUCACUCUCAUUCUGAGCCCCCAUCCCUUCGCCAAGUUGAUGAAGCUGUUGAUUCCUUCACUCGCAUGCUCUCUAUGCGUCGCCCUCCAUCCAUCAUCCAAUUCACCAAGAUUUUGGGAUCUCUUGCCAAGACCAACCAUUUCUCCACCGCCAUUUCCCUUUUUCAGCAAUUGCAAGCCAGAGGAAUCGCUCCCGACUUAUUUACUUUGAGCAUCAUAAGUCAGGCUUUUCAUUUAUUCUCUGAAAUGCUUGCUAAGGGAAUUUCUCCUAAUGUUAUCACAUACAGUUCUCUCAUUUUUGGAUUGUGUCUUGUGGGUCAAUAUAAGGAAGCCAUUGAUUUGUUAAGUGAGAUGGUGCUUAGAAACAUUAUACCAAAUGUUCGUACCUAUAGUAUUUUGAUCGAUGGGCUAUGCAAGGAAGGAAAGAUCAAAGAUGCUAAGAAUGUGUUGGCUGUGAUGACAAAACAUGGUGUGAAACCAAAUGUGGUUACUUAUAACAGCUUAAUGGACGGAUAUUGUUUGGUUAAUGAGGUAAAUAAGGCAAAAUAUGUAUUCAACACAAUGGCCGAUAAUAGUGUGUUUCCUGAUGUUCGGAGUUACAAUAUCAUGAUUAAUGGCUUUUGUAAGAGUAAAAUGAUCGAUGACGCCUUGAAUCUCUUCGAAGAGAUGUGUCGCAAGAACUUGGUUCCUGACACGGUAACUUACAAUACUCUAAUUGAUGGCUUGGGAAAAUCAAGGAGAAUCCUUUGUGCCUUGGAGCUUCUUGAAAAGAUGCAUAAUCGAGGUCAACCUGCUAAUAUAGUCACUUACAGUUCUUUGCUGGAUGCUUUGUUCAAUAUCAAACAACAUGACAAGGCACUUAUGUUAUUUAAUCAGGUAAAUAAGGCAAAAUAUGUAUUCGACACA